CUCAACCGUGCUUGAGUCGAAGCGUUUUAAUUGCAGACCAGCAAUUUUUACAAGGAUAGGCUACAAAAACUGUUUUGGUUCGAUUAAAUUGAAACAGAACAGAAUGCCGAUGAACAUUAACUAGAUUCGCUUUAAUUAGGCUACAUUUCAUGGUGAACAGUCUUUGCUAGCGUAUUAAAAUGCUAAGAGUAGUAGGCUAGUCUUAGGUUUUACCCGAGUGGAGAUUCGUUCAGUUUUAUAUCGGAAACUCGAUUCAGUAAAACCUGGAGUAUCAAAUUGCAACAAUCCCUGACCGGCAAUUGCAAUAACGUUACGCAAGAUUCACGACUGUUGGUCAGUCAAGCAGUAUUAAAACACUGGGUUGUAGUUUGGCCAUUUAAUCGAGGAAUUGUUAACCUUGUCUGGGUAGUGAAGUUACUUGUCAUUGCCUGACAUGCCAGCUCGCAAGAGAAAAUCAGCCUCAGUUGAACACAAGACUGACACACAGUCGACAGUAUUAAAACGUGGGAGGCAGUCUGUGGACAAGUCAAACGGGGCCGAUGCUGAACAUAAUUUUAAGAGUCAGUACUUUUCAUGUGAAAGUAAUGGUCUCAAACUGGGACAAGAGUUUUUCAACCAGCCCUGUGUCUGCUUAGCCAAAGCCCUUAUUGGCAAGGUGCUGGUGAGGCGCUGUGCUAAUGGGGAGGAGCUGAGGGGAAGAGUGGUUGAAACUGAAGCUUACCUGGGGGGUGAGGACAAGGCCUCCCACUCGGCUGGCGGGAAGCGCACGGAGCGCAACCUGGCCAUGUUCAUGAAACCUGGCACCAUCUAUGUCUACCCAAUCUAUGGCAUCUACCUCUGCAUGAACAUCUCCAGUCAGGGGGAGGGAGCAGCAGUGCUGCUGCGCGCACUGGAGCCCUUGCAGGGCCACACAGUGAUGAGGCAACUUCGAGGGGCCCGCAGGCGGGAGGGCUCGCGGAGCCUCAAGGACAAGGAGCUCUGCAACGGGCCCUCCAAACUGUGCCAAGCCCUAGACGUGCCCCGGGCCUUUGACCGCAGGGACCUGGCAGACGACGCCGAGGUGUGGCUGGAGACGGACCCUGGGGAGAUGCCACUGCAGGAGGGCGAGGUGGUGACCUCCACACGCAUUGGCAUCGAGUCCCACGGGGAGUGGGCGGCCAAGCCGCUCCGUUUCUACCUGCGCGGACAUCCCUGCGUCAGCGUUUUGGACAAGAGGGCAGAGGAGCCUGGUCAACAGACUUCUGUAGAACUGACCACAAUCUCUGAGAAGUCCAUUUCUGAGUAAUAAUUAAAUUAUUUGUCCCUCCUUCA